AUGGUUCACGUUAACAUUACCGCACUCCUGGCGCUCGCUGCUGCAGCUUUGGCCCAAGUUACGCCUAACAAUGCCGGUGCCAAAAACGUAGGCCAAGGUAACGGACAGCAGUUCAUCACCGGUGGUUGCACUUCCGACGCUGACUGCUCGUCUGCGUGCUGUGCCCAAGUUCAAACCACAGGCCUAGGUGUCUGCUCCGCAGAAGCUGCGUCGCUUCAGAACGGGAAGUUAGGCUGCGGCUUCGUCGACCCCAAUGCCGAUCAGACUAUCGCCAAGGCUCAGGCUCAAGUUGAAAAGCAGGGUUUCUAG